AGCCUUUAACAUUAUCGUACUGGAAGUUGGGGUAGACCAUUGCGAUAAAAGAUAACUAACAAACCAAACAGAAUUUAUUUCAGUUUGAACGAAAUUAUCACUGUGAAAAUACAACCACUUCAUUAGACCCAAUUGGGUACAUUUUCCCACGGUUGUUCGCUGCUCCCACUCAGGUCCAGAAGCAACAGUGUGAGUAGGGGGCGCCACCAGCGGCUGUCAUAAAAUGUGUCAUGCGAACGUCAAAGUGUCAGUGACUCGAGGCGGCUGUUUUUUACGCUACUUUAAAAUUCAUAAAAUUAGUAAAUAACUUUCAUUUGGGGCCUGUGCAGGGAAAAAGGUGUGAAUAAUGAAAAUGCCCCCGACUGGUUUCGAGAACAAGUACUCCCGGCUCCUCAACCAAGAAGAAAAUUUGCAGGUUUUCAAAUUGCUGGGAAAUCGGUGUCAGUCAAUAUGCACAACUGUGGCCCAGCUUUUCUGCACAGAGCCUCCGUAUCAUUCCCAGUGGCUGAAGAAGGACGUGGGGGUGCUGUGCUUCGUGAAAGACAACAGCAAGAAGAACUACUUCUUUCGGUUGUUUUGCUUGAGGAGGAACAUGCUGGUGUGGGAGCAGGAGAUGUACAAAAAUAUGGACUACAACGAGUCGACGUUGUUUUUGCAUAUUUUUGAAGGAGAAGACACGAUGGUGGCGUUCAAUUUUGCGAGUACCGAUGAAGCAAAGGAUUUUAAAAUGGUCGUGGACGAUAAACUCAUGGUGCGCAAAAAAAGGGAAGAAAAACGUUCCAAACAGCAACAAAAAAGCCCCGUAAUCCAACAAAACAUAAUAAACUCCCACACACUGAAAGAGCCCCACGACUACAGAAGAGUACAAGAUCCAGCCGUGAAGUUAGCAAAGCGCAAAAGAAACAUCACCAAAGCCGACAUCGGCGUCCCCCUCGACUUCAAACACAUAUCUCACGUCGGGUGGAACCCGGACUCGGGCUUCGACAUCGACAGCCAAGACGAACAACUCAAAUGCUUUUUCGAGAAAGCCGGAAUCUCGGAGAAGCAGCUGCAAGACCCCCACACGAAAGAGUUCAUUUACGACUUCAUCAACAAACACGGGGGACGAGAAGCCAUCGAAGAAUCCACGAAUCGGCUGUCUUUGGGGCGAAAAGCGCCUGCAGUACCACCGGUGCCUCCGGUGCCACCCAGAGGGCCGCCGCGGUCCCACGUGCGUGUGGCACCGCCCCCACCGCCAGUCCCAUCACCGAAUGCCGUCAACCAUGUGGAAAAUGAGAAACCCAUCCCGCCGCCGCCUCCAGUGGUCGACUUCGGCGCCGUGCCGCCCCCUCCGCCCGUGCCUAUGUUCAACGAUAUGUCCCACGGGGACUCCAUACCGCCCCCGGCGCCAGCUAUGGGUUCCGCGCUUUUGGAGAGUAUCAAAACUGGUACUACUUUGAAGCCCGUGGAGGAUCGGAAGAUGCCUCCUUCGCCGGUGGAGGAUUCGCGUGGGCAGUUGUUGAAGGAGAUUCGUGAAGGCACGAAGUUGAAGCCUGUUUGUGAGAGGGAUGUCAAACCGGUUAGUACUGUGGUGGAGCCGAGGCAUGGGGAUUUGGCAGAGGCUUUGGCCAGGGCGUUGGCCGAGAGGAGUAAGGCGAUACAUUCGGAGGACGAUGAUGAUGAGGAUGAUUCGAACGACGAUGAAUGGGAAGACUAAAUUUUAUCGAAUAAUAGAUGAUAUUUAUAUUAAUGGUGUUAAUCAGAGGUUCUAUGUCUAAUAGAAAGUUAUAACUGUUA